AUGCUACCGACGGCGCCGGUGUUGAUGUUGCGCGGGACGAGGUGGAGCGUGAACGACCCCUACAACCCGGCCAACGACGUGCACUUCUUCGGUAGGCGGGUGACCAUCGGCGAGCGCAAUCUCGACCCCAGCUCCAUUGUCACGCACGAGGCCAAGACCGCACUCUCUGUGUGGGAUGCCGUACCGGUGGUGGCCGCUAGCGGCUGCACGCUCACUAUUCACCAAUGCUGGUGGGGUCUGGCCAACCAGUCGAUCGCGCUGGCCAAGUACCUCGAGGUGGCGCCGGAUCUGCGGGCGGACGAGUGGCCGGCCAAGCGCGUGAUCGAGGUGGGCGCAGGCUGCGGCCUUGUGGGAAUAGCGCUCGGCCUCCAGGGUGCCAGCGUGACGAUCACCGAUCUAGGCGAAGUGCUGCCCAGCAUCCAAAUGAACGUCGAUGCCAACAAGACCGAAGGCCACGAACUGGAUGUCAAGGUGGCCGAGCUGCGGUGGGGCGAAGAUAUUGGCAUUGUGGUACGAGAUGGGCCAUUUGACCUCAUCGUGGCGUCGGACGUGAUAUGGCUCGACCACCUGCUCCAGCCGCUGGUCGACACCUUCACCCGCCUAGUGACAUAUCAGCGCAACUCGGGCGACGGCCACCACACGAGCGUAGACGACAGCCAACGUCGACGAAGAGAGAUCAUACUCGCCCACGAGACGCGAUCGCUGCAGGUCGAGCAGAAGUUCUUCCGGCUGAUGGCCGACGCCGGCUUCGUCGUGCAGCAGGUCAGCUAUGACGACAUGCACCCGUCCUACCGAGCCAAGGACAUCGCGAUCUAUCGGAUUCGAUUGGCUCAUCACGAGGGCACCACGGUGCUCAGCGACUAA